UUUACCUAAUCGAACAGUUGUCAAUUUAUGAUAAUAAAUUUGCUCGACAAUAUAAUGACGGUCUCUAAUCCACUCAUCAAAGAAUUGAAAGGUUGGACGCGAAAAUUAACGGAAUGCAAUACAGAGAUUGAUGAUGCACAUGUAGAUCUGCCCUCAUUUUGUAAAUGUUUAGAGACAUGUUUACAAAAAGGCAUAUUAAUGAGUUUGACUACUGUAGGUUUUUCAAAAUUACCUGAUGCUUGGUUCUGCUUGGAAGAAAUUGCGGAGAAGCAUUUCAGUUCUUCUUGUACUUAUUCAUUAAUAGUUGAACAAGUUAAGCAAAAUCUAAAAGUGCAAACACCUAAUGGACGUCUUAGACAAUUAAUUAGGACAUGUUUGAUGCGAAAGUGCCUUCAUAUGCCAAUUGAAAUACUGGUCAGGACACCAUUGAUGGCUAUAGAUUAUUAUGAUAAAGGAAGUAUUUUAGGAGAUGAAAUUCUCGGUGAAAUAUUGUUUUCUGUACUACUUCAAGUUAGUAAACUAAAUUUUAAAUUAAAUUUACGAAAUUCUAGUUUUUUGGACGAAUCAUGGCAAUUACCAGAAUGUGUAGCAUUGGAAUUGGUGCCAUGUAAAAGUUUAGGUAUUUCUGUAUGUUUUACCAAAGGAAAAGCAUUAAUAAUUAAUUUAGAUAGAAAUUCUGUAGCAGCAGAAGAUGAUAAAGUUGAGGUUGGUGACGUGCUAGAUGAGAUAAAUGGAUGUGCUAUAACAUCAAACACUAAGGGACAAUUAGGAAAAAUUAUGAGAAAAACUGUAGGUCAGCCAGUGUGUUUGUAUAUAAUUAAAUAUCACAAUAAACAAACACAGGAAAUGUAUUCUCCAAUAGUAAAUCUCGUACGCAAUUCAGGUAUUGAACGUUUGAAGAAAAUUUUAAAAAGACCUAUUUCGGAUGUACAAGAUAAUGAGGAAACAUCUGACAUAUCUAAAAUGAUGCAUCAAUCAUUAAAUGCUGGAUUUUCCAUUAAAUAUUGUGGUUCCGUAUGUAUUGGUACAGAGGGAGAUGUUAAACAAAUUGAAAAAGCUAUCUUACAAGUGUUGAAAUCAAAAACACUAAAAUUAAUACCUGUUAAAUUUGAAUGCCUAGAGAUUGGCAUUAGAGUGACUGGAGACAUGAAUGAUAAAGUGAUAUGUAAACAAAGUUACAUGGAAAUUUCUUCCUGUGGUUGUACCAUGAACAUUCCAGAUUAUUUUGCAUUUAUUGCAAGAGAUACCAAUUGCAGUUUAGCUACUAAAUUUGAUGCAUAUGUAUUUUAUCAUAAAAAUGAAAACGAGGUGCAGACUAUACUACAAAGUUUGGGUCAAGGAUUUCAACGUACUCAUUUUGUAGUUUAA